AUGGCUUCUGUGUCUGUAGACAAAGACAGUGCAGAUCAAAAGCUGCAGUUUGCUCCCUUCUCCAGUGCCUUAGAGGCAGGCUUCUGGCACCAGCUCACUCAGAAGAAACUCAACGACUACCGACUGGAUGAAAGCCCCAAGAAUAUCAAAGGCUACUACUACAAUGGUGAGAAAUGAAACAUUGAGUAACAGUCUUGGAGCAUUCUUGGGGUGACUGUCUGUCUCGACUUGGUUCUUCAAUGUUGACACAAGUCAAAUGGAGAUAGAUAUACAGUGGGGAGAACAAGUAUUUGAUACACUGCCGAUUUUGCAGGUUUUCCUACUUACAAAGCAUGUAGAGGUCUGUAAUUUUUUAUCAUAGGUACACUUCAACUGUGAGAGAUGGAAUCUAAAACAAAAAUCCAGAAAAUCACAUUGUAUGAUUUUUAAGUAAUUAAUUUGCAUUUUAUUGCAUGACAUAAGUAUUUGAUCACCUACCAACCAGUAAGAAUUCCGGCUCUCACAGACCUGUUCGUUUUUCUUUAAGAAGCCCUCCUAUUGUCCACUCAUUACCUGUAUUAACGGCACCUGUUUGAACUUGUUACCUGUAUAAAAGACACCUGUCCACACACUCAAUCAAACAGACUCCAACCUCUCCACAAUGGCCAAGACCAGAGAGCUGUGUAAGGACAUCAGGGAUAAAAUUGUAGACUUGCACAAGGCUGGGAUGGGCUACAGGACAAUAGGCAAGCAGCUUGGUGAGAAGGCAACAACUGUUGGCGCAAUUAUUAGAAAAUGGAAGAAGUUCAAGAUGACGGUCAAUCACCCUCGGUCUGGGGCUCCAUGCAAGAUCUCACCUCGUGGGGCAUCAAUGAUCGUGAGGGAUCAGCCCAGAACUACACGGCAGGACCUGGUCAAUGACCUGAAGUGAGCUGGGACCACAGUCUCAAAGAAAACCAUUAGUAACACACUACGCCGUCAUGGAUUAAAAUCCUGCAGCGAUCGCAAGGUCCCCCUGCUCAAGCCAGCGCAUGUCCAGGCCCGUCUGAAGUUUGCCAAUGACCAUCUGGAUGAUCCAGAGGAGGAAUGGGAGAAGUUCAUGUGGUCUGAUGAGACAAAAAUAUAGCUUUUUGGUCUAAACUCCACUCGCCGUGUUUGGAGGAAGAAGAAGAAGGAUGAGUACAACCCCAAGAAUACCAUCCCAACCGUGAAGCAUGGCGGUGGAAACAUCAUUCUUUGGGGAUGCUUUUCUGCAAAGGAGACAGGACGACUGCACCGUAUUGAGGGGAGGAUGGAUGGGGCCAUGUAUCGCGAGAUCUUGGCCAACAACCUCCUUCCCUCAGUAAGAGCAUUGAAGAUGGGUCGUGGCUGGGUGUUCCAGCAUGACAACGACCCGAAACACACAGCCAGGGCAACUAAAGAGUGGCUCCGUAAGAAGCAUCUCAAGGUCCUGGAGUGGCCUAGCCAGUCUCCAGACCUGAACCCAAUAGAACAUCUUUGGAGGGAGCUGAAAGUCCGUAUUGCCCAGCGACAGCCCCGAAACCUGAAGGAUCUGGAGAAGGUCUGUAUGGAGGAGUGGGCCAAAAUCCCUGCUGCAGUGUGCAAACCUGGUCAAGACCUACAGGAAACGUAUGAUCUCUGUAAUUGCAAACAAAGGUUUCUGUACCAAAUAUUAAGUUCUGCUUUUCUGAUGUAUCAAAUACUUAUGUCAUGUAAUAAAAUGCAAAUUAAUUACUUAAAAAUCAUACAAUGUGAUUUUCUGGAUUUUUGUUUUAGAUUCCGUCUCUCACAGUUGAAGUGUACCUAUGAUAAAAAUUGCAGACCUCUACAUGCUUUGUAAGUAGGAAAACCUGCAAAGUCGGCAGUGUAUCAAAUACUUGUUCUCCCCACUGUAUACAUAGGCUAGAUUAAUUUGACAUAUUUUCAGACUAGUAAGAAAGAAUUGCAAAAUAAUAUCCAAGGGUGCAUACUGCUACAAUGGUGAGUUUAUACCUAUAGGCUACCUAUACAAUGACAUAUCUAGGCCUAAAAAAAAACCUGGCUUUUGGAACAUUGUGUGACUGUCUUGACUUGGUUCAAUGUUGAUAGCUGUCUCAAGUCAAAUGGAGACUACUUGUAAGACACAAGUUGUGUGGGUUUGCAAAAGUACCUGUUUUUUUUAUACCUGUGACUGAUUUGUGUACCUGUUUUUUUUUGAUACCUGUGACUGAUUUGUGUACCUGUUUUUUUGAUACCUGUGACUGAUUUGUGUACCUGUUUUUUUGAUACCUGUGACUGAUUUGUGUACCUGUUUUUUUUUUUAUACCUGUGACUGAUUUGUGUACCUGUUUUUUUGAUACCUGUGACUGAUUUGUGUACCUGUUUUUUUGAUACCUGUGACUGAUUUGUGUACCUGUUUUUUUUGAUACCUGUGACUGAUUUGUGUCUAUUGUCUUCGAUCUAGGCGAUCCGGUCGGCCUCCCCACUCGCCUGACUUUGGAGUUUAGUGCAUUUGAGGCGUAAGUAUUACAGCUACACUCCUAGAAAAAGGGGUUCCUAAAGGGUUAUGUGGCUGUCCCCAUAGGAGAACCCUUUUUUGGUUCUAGGUAGAACCCUUUUUGGUUCUAGGUAGAACUAUUUUUGGUUCCAUGUAAAACCCUCUGUGGAAAGGGUUCUAUCUGGAACAACAAAAAAAGCGUUCUUCAAAGGGUUCUCCUAUGGGGACAACCGAAGAACCCUUUUCGGUUCUAGAUGGCAGCCUUUUUUUUUUUUUUCUUCUAAGAUUGUAGAUAUCGCACCUUUUUGACCGGUACAGUACGUCUUCUAUCUCUCUAGUGAGGGCUAACAAAUGGAAUAUGGAGAUACACAAAAUGAAUAUGGCCUGUGUUCAUGAUGUUGCUCCUGUUCCAUUAUGUAGGGAUGGCCCCAGCCCAGCCCGCUGCUGUCCCGUCACAGGGACCCUGUACAACACCAACACACUUGAGGCCUUCAAGACCUCAGACAAGAAAGCACUGCUGGAACAACAAGCCAUGGAGGUAAGGCCCAAUGAUAGACAUACAAACAUAUAUUACAUACGUAGAAAUACAGUACAUGCAGCACCCAGUCAAAAGUUUGGACACGCCUACUCAUUCAAGGGUUUUUCUUAAUGUUUUUACUAAUUUUUUUUUUACAUUGUAGAAUAAUAGUGAAGACAUCAAAACUAUGAAAUAACACAUAUGGAAUCAUGUAGUAACCAAUAAAGUGUUAAACAAAUCAAAAUAUAUUUUAUAUUUGAGAUUCUUCAAAUAGCCACCCUUUGCCUUGAUGACAGCUUUGCACACUCUUGGCAUUCUCUCAACCAGCUUCAUGAGGUAGUCACCUGGAAUGCAUUUCAACUAACAGGUGUGCCUUCUUAAAAGUUAAUUUGUGGAAUUUCUUUCCUUCUUAAUGCGUUUGAGCCAAUCAGUUGUGUUGUGACAAGGUAGGGGAGGUAUACAGAAGACAGCCCUAUUUGGUAAAAGACCAAGUCCAUUUUAUGGCAAGAACAGCUCAAAUAAGCAAAGAGAAAUGACAGUCCAUCAUUACUUUAAGACAUGAAGGUCAGUCAAUACGGAAAAUGUCAAGAACUUAGAACGUUUCUUCAAGUACACUCACAAAAACCAUCAAGCGGUAUGAUGAAACUGGCUCUCAUGAGGACCAUCACAGGAAUGGAAGACCCAGAGUUACCUCUGCUGCAGAGGAUAAGUUCAUUAGAGUUACCAUCCUCAGAAAUUGCAGCCCAAAUAAAUGCUUCACAGAGUUCAAGUCACAGACACAUCUCAACAUCAAAUGUUCAAAAGGGACUGUGUGAAUCAGGCCUUCAUGGUCAAAUUGCUGCAAAGAAACCACUACUAAAGGACACCAAUAAGAAGAGACCUGCUUGGGCCAAGAAACACGAGCAAUGGACAUUAGACCGGUGGAAAUGUGUCCUUUGGUCUGGAGUCCAGAUUUGAGAUUUUUGGUUCCAACCGCCAUGUCUUUGUGAGACGCGGUGUGGGUGAACGGAUGAUCUCUGCUUGUGUAGUUCCCACUAUAAAGCAUUGAGGAGGAGGUGUUAUGGUGUGGGGGUGCUUUGCUGGUGACACUGUCUGUGAUGUAUUUAGAAUUCAAGGCACACUUAACCAGCAUGGCUACCACAGCAUUCUGCGGCGAUACGCCAUCCCAUCUGGUUUGGGCUCAGUGGGACUAUCAUUUGUUUUUCAACAGGACAAUGACCCAACACACCUCCAGGCUGUGUAAGGGCUAUUUUACCAAGAAGGAGAGUAAUGGAGUGCUGCAUCAGAUGACCUGGCCUCCACAAUCCCCCAACAUCAACCCAAUUGAGAUGGUUUGGGAUGAGUCAGACCGCAGAGUGAAGGAAAAGCAGCCAACAAGUGCUCAGCAUAUGUGGGAACUCCUUCAAGACUGUUGGAAAAGCAUUCCAGGUGAAGCUGCUUGAGAGAAUGCCAAGCGUGUGCAAAACUGUCAUCAAUGCAAAGGGUGGCUAUUUGAAGAAUCUCAAAUAUAAAAUAUAUUUUAAAUUUGUUUAACACUUUUUUUUGGUUACUACAUGAUUCAAUAUGUGUUAUUUCAUCGUUUUGAUGUCUUCACUAUUAUUCUACAAUGUAGAAAAUAGUAAAAAUAAAGAAACCCUUGAAUGAGUACGUGUCCAAACUUUGACUGGUAGUGUAUGUCCAUGGUAAGGCCUAAUUUAUGUAUAUACAGUGCAUUGGGAAAGUAUUCAGACCCCUUGACUUUUUCCACAUUUUGUUACAUUACAGCCUUAUUCUAAAAUUCAUUAAAUAAAAAUGUUCUCAUCAAUCUACACACAAUACCCCAUAAUGACAAAGUGAAACAGGUUUUUGGAAAUCUUAGCACAUUUUUUUUAAUAUACAAGUAUUCAGACCCUUUGCUAUGAGACUCAACAUUGAGCUGCGGUGCAUCCUGUUUCCAUUGAUCAUCCUUGAGAUGUUUCUACAACUUGAUUGGAGUCCACCUUUUGAUAAAUUCAAUUGAUUGGAUAUGAUUUGGAAAGGCACACACCUGUCUAUAUAAGGUCCCACAGUUGACAGUGCAUGUCAGAGCAAAAACCAAGCCAUGAGGUCGAAGGAAUUGUCCGUAGAGCUCCGAGACAGGAUUGUGUCGAGACACAGAUCUGGGGAAGGGUACCAAAACAUUUCUGCAGCAUUGAAGGUCCUCAAGAACACAGUGGCCUCUAUCAUUCUUAAAUGGAAGAAGUUUGUAACGACCAAGACUCUUCCUAGAGCUGGCCGCCCGGCCAAACUGAAUAAUUGGGGGAGAAGGGCCUUGGUCAGGGAGGUGACCAUGAACCCGAUGGUGAUUCUGACAGAGCUCCAGAGUUCAUCUGUGGAGAUGUUAGAAACUUCCAGAAGGACAACCAUCUCUGCAACGCUCCACCAAUCAGACCUUUAUGGUGGAGUGGCCAGACGGAAGCCACUCCUCAGUAAAAAGCACAUGACAGCAUUUACAUUUUACAUUUGAGUCAUUUAGCAGACGCUCUUAUCCAGAGCGACUUUCAAAUUGGUGCAUUCAACUUAUGAUAGCCAGUGGGACAACGACCCAUUUAUUUAUUUAUUUAUUUAUUUAUUUAUUUAUUUAUUAUUACUUUUUUUUAGUGGGGGGGUGGUAGAAGGAUUACUGUUAUACUAUUCCAGGUAUUUCUUAAAGAGGUAGGGUUUCAAGUGUCUCCGGAAGGUAGUCAGUGACCCCGCUGUCGUGGGGGAGCUUGUUCCACCAUUGGGGUGCCAGAGCAGUGAAUAGCUUUGACUGGGCUGAGCGGGAACUGUGCUUCCGUAGAGGUAGGGGGGCCAGCAGGCCAGAGGUGGAUGAACGUAGUGCCCUCGUUUGGGUGUAGGGUCUGAUCAGAGCCUGAAGGUAAGGAGGUGCCGUUCCCCUCACAGCUCCGUAGGCAAGCACCAUGGUUUUGUAGUAGAUACGAGCUUCAACUGGAAGCCAGUGGAGUGUGCGGAGGAGUUGGGUGACAUGAGAGAACUUGGGAAGGUUGAACACCAGACGGGCUGCAGCGUUCUGGAUAAGUUGUAGGGGUUUAAUGGCGCAGGGAGCCCAGCCAACAGCGAGUUGCAGUAAUCCAGACGGGAGAUGACAAGUGCCUGGAUUAGGACCUGUGCCGCUUUCUGUGUAAGGUAGGGUCGUACUCUGCGAAUGUUGUAGAGCAUGAACUUGCAGGAUCGGGUCACCGCUUUGAUGUUAGCGGAGAACGACAGGGUGUUGUCCAGGGUCACGCCAAGGUUCUUUGCACUCUGGGAGGAGGACACAAUGGAGUUGUCAACCGUGAUGGCGAGAUCAUGGAGCGGGCAGUCCUUGGAGUUUGCCAAAAUGCACCUAAAGGACUCUCAGACCAUGAGAAACAAGAUUAUCUGGUCUGAUGAAACCAAGAUUGAACUCUUUGGCCUGAAUGCCAAGCGUCACGUCUGGAGGAAACCUGGCACCAUCCCUACGGUGAAGCAUGGUGGUGGCAGCAUCAUGCUGUGGGGAUGUUUUUCAGCAGCAGGGACUGGGAGACUAGUCAGGAUUGAGGGAAAGAUGAACGGAGCAAAGUACAGAGAGAUCCUUGAUGAAAACCUGUUCCAGAGCGCUCAGGACCUCAGACUGGGGCGACGGUUCGCCUUUCAACAGAACAACGACCCUAAGCACACAGCCAAGACAACGCUUGAGUGGUUUCGGGACAUGUCUCUGAAUGUCCUUGAGUGGCCCAGCCAGAGCCCAGACUUGAACCCAAUCAAACGUCUCUGGAGAGACCUGAAAAUAGCUGUGCAGCGACUCUCACCAUCCAACCUGACAGAGCUUGAGAAGAAUGGGAGAAACUCCUCACAUACAGGUGUGCCAAGCUUGUAGCGUCAUACCCAAAAAGACUCGAAGCUGUAAUCGCUGCCAAAGUUGCUUCAACAAAGUACUGAGUGAAUGGUCUGAAUACUUAUGUAAAUGUGAUAUUUCCGUUUUAAAAAAUACAUUUGAAUACAUUUCUAAAAACCAUUUUGGGGUAGUGUGUGUGUGUGUGUGUAGAUUCUUGAGGGGAAAAAAAAAAAACAAUUUUAAUCAAUUUUAGAUUAAGGUAACAAAUGUGGAAGAAGUCAAGGGAUCAGAAUACACUGUAUAAAGAAAUAAUAUAUGUAGGUAUAAUAUAUCCUCAUAGGCCAUUGACAGAUAUUCUUAUUCAUGUGUUUUAAUAUGUAGUAUUGGUCAGGUAAUGUCUCAUGUUUCAUUGCCUCUUGUCCUUUCCAGAUUUGGGAUGCUAUACAGUCCGGUGACGCUCUCAAGGACCCAUCACUCCUCUGCAAAUUCCUUUUGCUGACUUAUGCAGUGCGUAAAACAUCAAAUCAAUAAAACUAUUUUUUUGUAUAAGUCUAUAAUAUAGUUUAAUUACUUUUUUACAAUGGGUUCUGUUCACUGCAUUUGUGUUCCCUCGCUCUCUCUCUCUGUCUCGUUUAUCAAAAUUGGAUUUUUUUUCGAAUUCUUUGUGGAUCUCUGUAAUCUGAGGCAAAUAUGUCUCUCUAAUAUGGUCAUACAUUUGGCAGGAGGUUAGGAAGUGCAGCUCAGUUUCCACCUCAUUUUGUGGGCAGUGUGCACAUAGCCUGUCUUCUCUUGAGAGCCAGGUCUGCCUACGGCGGCCUUUCUCAAUAGCAAGGCUAUGCUCACUGAGUCUGUACAUAGUCAAAGCUUUCCUUAAGUUUGGGUCAGUCACAGUUGUCAGGUAUUCUGUGACUGUGUACUCUCUGUUUAGGGCCAAAUAGCAUUCUAGUUUGCUCUGUUUUUUUGUUAAUUCUUUCCAAUGUGUCAAGUAAUUCUCUUUUUGUUUUCUCAUGAUUUGGUUGGGUCUAAUUGUGUUGCUGUUGUUGUCUCUCUCUCUGUGUCUCUCAGGACCUGAAGAAGUACCACUUCUACUACUGGUUCUGUUUCCCAGCUCUCUGUUUCUCUGAGGGAAUUAAGAUCCUCAAGGAGCCGGCUUCGUUAGAACAAGUCUUCUCUUCUAAACAGGUACUCACAGUUUUAUAGAUAGAUAAGAGGAUGUCCAUUGGACCACGCUGAAGUAGGUUACUGAGUGUUGUGUGGGUGUAUGUGAGUCAGCCAGAGCAGCACUAGAGUGUGAACAGGAUCUCUGCUUAUCACCUGCCUCUUGCCCCACAAUAAUAUGGAAUGUUCUGGAAAGUCAGCUUUACGACUGUAAAGGUCAACACAGAACACAGAUAGUAGAGGAAUACAGAGUCCAUCUGGGGUGAACCAGGGUUUCUUUAUUUAUUUUUUUACAAUUUUCUACAUUGUAGAGUAAUAGUGAACACAACAAAACUAUGAAAUAACACAUAUGGAAUCAUGUAGUAACCAAAAGAAGUGUUAAACAAAUCAAAAUAUAGCCACCCUUUGCCUUGAUGACCUUUGCACACUCUUGGCAUUCUCUCAACCAGCUUCACCUGGAAUGCUUUUCCAACAGUCUUGAAGGUGUUCCCACAUAUGCUGAGCAUUUGUUGGCUGCUUUUCCUUCACUCUGCGGUCCAACUCAUCCCAAACCAUCUCAAUUGGGUUGAGGUCGGAGUGCUGCAUCAGAUGACGUGGCCUCCACAAUAACCCAUCACUCUCCUCCUUCGUCAAAUAGCCUUUACACAGCCUGGAGGUGUGUUGGGUCAUUGUCCUGUUGAAAAACAAAUGAUAGUCCCACUAAGCACAAACCAGAUGGGAUGGCGUAUCGCUGCAGAAUGUGUCGUAGAAAUAUUUGACUCAAAAGGUAGUCAACUCAAAAAUAUCUCUCAAGAAACUGGAGCUUGUUAAUCCAAAAAUUAUACUUUAUUAUUUGCGUAACAAAGCCGAGCCACUCCAUUUCUGCUCUCCUUGGCUCAAAGCUUUCCUUUUAUACAAUACAAAUACAUAGUCAUCCUUACAUAGCAUAUACAGUUACUCCCCUUAGGGUAAAUGAUUAACUUCUUUCAUGGCCACCCUUAUCUUUCAACGUCUAGAUGUCACAUGUUGUUUUCUCCAAAAAAGGCGAUGAGACCUCUUUCCCUUAUCUCAUUAUAUUGGUGGCAGACCCUUUCUUAAAAAUAAUACACAUACAUACAUUAAGGCAUGGCUACACACUACAUUGGCUAUAUUCCUUAUUUGAGCAUGCAUCUGGAUUACAAAGUAUCAACCAUGGUUACUAUAUUUGACCUUUUAGCACUUCCCAACAUUUGCCUUAUAAAAUAUCUCUAUAAAUGCUGUGGCGGCCAUGCUGGUUAAGUGUGCCUUGGAUUCUAAAUACAUCACUGACAGUGUCACCAGCAAAGCACCAUCACACCUCCUCCUCCAUGCUUCACGGUGGGAACCACACAUGUGGAGAUCAUCCGUUCACCUACUCUGCGUCUCACAAAGACAGCGGUUGGAACCAAAAAUCUCAAAUUUUGGACUCAUCAGACCGAAGGACAGAUUUCCACCGGUCUAAUGUCCAUUGCUCGUGUUUCUUGGCCCAAGCAAGUCUCUUCUUCUUAUUGGUGUCCUUUAGUAGUGGUUUCUUUGCAGGAAUUCGACCAUGAAGGCCUGAUUCACGCAGUCUCCUCUGAACAGUUGAUGUUGAGAUGUCUGUUACUUGAACUCUGUGAAGCAUUUAUUUGGGCUGCAAUCUGAGGUGCAGUUAACUCUAAUGAACUUAUCCUCUGCAGCAGAGGUAACUCUGGGUCUUCCUUUCCUGUGGCGGUCCUCGUGAGAGCCAGUUUCAUCAUAGCACUUGAUGGUUUUUGCGACCACACUUGAAGAAACUUUCAAAGUUCUGGAAAUGUUCCAUAUUGACUGACCUUCAUGUCUUAAAGUAAUGAUGGACUGUCGUUUCUCUUUGCUUAUUUGAGCUGUUCUUGCCAUAAUAUGGACUUGGUCUUUUAUCAAAUUCGGCUAUCUUCUGUAUACCCCCCCCCCCUACCUUGUUACAACACAACUGAUUGGCUGAAACGCAUUAAGAAGGAAAGAAAUUCCACAAAUUAACUUUUAACAAGGCACACCUGUUAAUUGAAAUGCAUUCCAGGUGACUACCUCAUGAAGCUGGUUGAGAGAAUGCCAAGAGUGUGCAAAGCUGUCAUCAACAAUGUAGAAAAUAGUAAAAAAAAUAAAGAAAAACCCUUGAAUGAGUAGGUGUGUCCAAACUUUUGACUGUUACUGUAUGGGGAAGGACUGAGAGUAGUGUUGCAAAAUUCCGGUUACGUCCCCGAACUUAGGAGGACACCAGGAUUUAUGGAAAACCUAGGAAUAUUUGGGGAAGUUACAGGAAUUUUGCAACCCUAGGAAGGACUCCUAUUCAGACAGUCUGGGGUGAACUGAAGGUUAGGUUGAGGACUGAAUGUCUCUAUCUAAACGCUACAGGCAUAUUAUUAUAUCCUACACAGACACGAGGUUUAUCUAAAUAAUUCCCAGUAGUUCUGUGUUUUAUCUAUACCCUGUCUCUUCCCUCCCAGACCUCAGCUUUACAGGCAGCCUAUGACAGUCUGUGCAGUGAAACGGGGACCUCGGCUGUUCCUUACUUCCUGAUCAAGUACACAGAGGAGGCUGUCCAGGUGGCCCAGCUACGAGACUGGGACCGCUUCAACACUGAUCUCAACCAGGUGGGGACCAAGAGUUAUGCGGAUAAGAAUGGCCCAUGUUGUUGGGUCUGUAAUUGGAGGACCGUUCUUGUUUUUCUCUUUCUAUGUGGGAGAAAGAUAGAUAGAUAGAAAUGCCAAUCAUUACUAACCACAUUUCCAUCCACAGUUUUUCUGCAGUAAAGUCUACACACAAUCACCACAGCUGUGAUGGAAACAGGAAGUUUCGGUGUAAUUGUAUAAAUAUUUGUUUGUUUUCGACAUGGUGGGAUCUUUUUGUGUCGGUGAAAUGUGUUAUGCGGAGAAAUGGCGUUGGAAAUGCCUUUAUGCGCAAAUACUGACAUAACAACCAUCAUAUCGACGUAAACCUGGAGUCACGCGAUGAUAUGUACGACUCACUAAACCAUGCAGUUUAUUAGGCAACAGAUGAAAUAAGUUAUAUAUAAAUAUCCAGGGUCUUAUUCUGGUGACAUGAUGAUCGAUGCUUGACUGUCGUUUGACAAAUAUAAAAAUAUGAAUAAGUCUACAUAAUAAUCUUAUCAAGUAGACUAACCAUCCCGCACUGUAUCAGAGCUGUUGGCUAGACCGCAAGAACAGUUUGUGACAAAACUAUCGGUAGAGUUGAAAAUGGAAACACAUUGAACUUUUUAGACUUUAAUUCUUUUAUUAUACUUUUUUUUUUUUUUUUUUGACACUUUUUUUUUAUAGACUUUUAUUCGGUACACGAAAACUUAAGCAAAAAAGUAUAUUUUGUGAGCACUACGUCAUCACUCACUGAUUUUUAACUGCAACAAGUCCGUUUGGUUGAAACACACCACUGGUGGGAAAAUGCGCAUAUUUUUAAUUAUGCAGAUUUUUAGAAUAUUCGCAUGAAAAAUCGCCAAUUGGAUGGAAACCAUAGCUACUGUGGUACAAUAAACAUACAGGACGUCUGGGCGUUUUAACAUGUCAGCGGACAAAGAGUUGAUAAGAAUGGGACAGUGGUAAAAUAAAGUCACUAAUUUCUCCUCUUGUGGGUUUAUUACCAACGUUUUAAGGUCAAAUAGCCUUUCAUUAUGGCUCAAAAGCCUGGUCAUGCUGAUAAGAGUGGGUUAGACUGCAUUACUGGGCCGCUUCUUUACAGAUCUCAAGAAGGUCAGGGGUUAUGGGCUGGGGGACAGAGUACGCUAAUAAGACCUUAUUUACGCCUACAGGUAACCGCCAAAAUAAAGGAAACGCCAACAUAUAUAUAAAGCGUCUUAACAAGCCAGAACAGCUGCAAUGCGCCUUGGCAUAUCCUCGAUUCUACAGGUGUCUCCACGAGAAAUUCCAUCAUUUGGUGUUUUGUUGAUGUUGGUGGAAAACGCUGUCUCGGGCGCCUGCUCCAGUGUCUCCCAUAGGUGUUCUGUUGGGUUGAGAUCCGGUGACUGAGACGGCCAUGGCAUAUGGUUCACAUCGUUUUCCACGCUCAUCGAACCAUUCAGUGACCACUCGUGCCCUGUGGAUGGGGGCGUUGUCAUCCUGGAAGAGACCACUCCCAUCAGGAUAUAAAUUAUUUACCAUAGGUUGAAGGUGAUCACCCAGAAUGUAUUUAUUGGCGUUUUACCUUUUGCCUGACGACUCGCCGUGAACUUAAUUCCGCUGCUCUAUUGAUCGCUACGUACAUUUCAGUCUGAGACUGCCAUCCUGGAAACCGUUUGUGUGACUUCAAAAUGAGGGGCGUUGUACAAAACCAUAUUAAUCAGCAAUUGGAUCAUCUCUAACAAAUCUAACCAAUCAAAGUUGAUAACGUCAUCAUGUAGCAGCUCUGGCCCAACCAAUCGGUUUCUGGGACCCAAUCGUAUCGGUCAGAAUGUGUUUGAAUUCUAGAAAUCGUCAGGAAUCGUCUAGGUACAUGGUGGAGAGGAAGCAUCAGUUGGCCGGAGCGAUGUGGAUCGAUAGCCAGGCAAGUUUACCUCGCCCUCUAAGGGGUUGAGUGGACCUAAACCAUGGCAGGGAGAUGCACCCCACACCACAACAGAGCUGCCUGAACACUCAUUUACUCAUGUUUCCUUUUAUUUUGGCAUUUAACUGUACUUACUCCUCUUUGAUCACUGUGGCAUAAGAUAUCUUAUCAAUAUGCUGAUAAGGAUGUCCUAGAUCAGGGGUGCCCGACCAGUCGAUCGCGAUCUUCCGGUCGAUCGCGGAGUGCUUGCCAGUCGAUCGCGAUCUUCCGGUCGAUCGCGGAGUGCUUGCCAGUCGAUCGUGAGAUGAUUAUACAUCUACUAAAAUUCAGCCACACAAAUCAAUGCCUAUAAGCUCUUUCUGUUUUAACUUUCGAACAGUCCUCCAUUCAUAGCAAUGUCUGAAAAGUCACGUGAUUUACAUAAAAUAGUCCCUGCAGUCCCCGUAGCGCGGUCAGAUGCCGCCCGCCAACUCCCAAGUCGAGGUCACGGUGAUGCCAGGCAGGUAGCUAGCUAGCUAGCUUUGUAGCCAGAGUCGUUUUUUUAAGUUGUUCUUAAGUUGUCGACAACAGCAAUAAUGAGUGAAGGGAAGGAUACAGAAAAACUGAAAACGUAUCAUUUCCACAACGAUUGGGAGCAGGGUUAUUUUUUUUCCGUCAUGUCCAAACUCAAAAUGUGUGUGUUCCUCAUCUGCCAUAAUAGCAUCGCUAUCCCAUAGAAAGGUUUACAGAACAACAUUUUAAAAACCACACACGGGAAGAUGUUAAACGUGAAAGAGGUGAUGGAUGUUGCGAUGAAAGAUUGUGUGUUCUGUUCGAGGCUGAAGUGGAUCACACAGACCUGCUGCUGCACACGGAUGCGCGGUGCCUGAGCCAAGGUAAAUGUUUAGGGAGAUUCAGUGAGUUGUUGCCUGAAAUCAAGGAGUUUUCUCAAGGUCUCCAAACAUGCAGAAUAUGCACUGCUGGAGGACACACAGUGGCUCCUGGAUGUAGCUUUUCUCACUGACCUGACUUACAUGCUUAAUGUAAGGGGGCGGCAGGUAGCUUAGUGGUUAAGAGCUUUGGGCCAGUAAUCGAAAGGUCGCUGGUUCUAAUCCCCGAGCCGACCUAGGUGAAAAAUCUGUCGGUGUGCCCUUGAGCAAGGCACUUAACCCUAAUUGCUCCUGUAAGUCGCUCUGGAUAAGAGCGUCUGCUAAAUGACCAAAAAAAUAAAUAAUGAUUUUAAUGUAGAGCUGCAAAGGAAAAAUGCAAACAUGUAAUCGACUUGAUCAGCUCUGUGAACACUUUGAAAUGCAAACUACAGCUGCUCACAAGAAAGCUGCAACGUAAGGUCCUGCCCUUCUUUCAACACAUGCGUUCAGAACUUGGAAGGAUCCAGCACAGCCUGACGGUGCACGUUACGUGGAGCAAGUCCAGAGCAUCUUAUCGGAGUUUUGACAGUUUCAUUUCACUGACUUUGCAUCUCUUGAGCCUAUUGUCACUUUUAUGUGUGCUUUCCGUUUGGAAGUCAUUGCCUCCAAAAAUGGGAUCACUUUUUCAGUUGGACACAACUAUAGCAGAAACUGAAAUUCUCACCCUUCAAAAUGAAAUUCGGCUGAAAUCCAGGGCAACCACUGAGAUGAAGGAAGAGUUCUGGGAGCUGCUGCUUGAGGGGAGGUAUCCCAACAUAACAUGUGCUUUCAACUUAUCAGCCCUUGUUGGAUCAACCUAACUCUGUGAGUCUGCGUUUUCUCACAUAAACAUAAAGUCCAAGUACAGAUCUACUAUGACUGAUGACUACCUUGUGGUCUGCAUCAAGUUACUACAAGCUGCAUCAAGCUGCUACAGGCUGCAUCAAGCUGCUACAGGCUGCAACAAGCUGCUACAGGCUGCAUCAAGCUGCUACAGGCUGCUACAGGCUGCAUCAAGCUGCUACAGGCUGCUACAGGCUGCAUCAAGCUGCUGCAUCAAGCUGCUACAGGCUGCAUCAAGCUGCUGCUACAGGCUGCUACAGGCUGCAUCAAGCUGCUACAGGCUGCAUCAAGCUGCUACAGGCUGCAUCAAGCUGCUACAGGCUGCAUCAAGCUGCAUCAAGGUGCUACAGGCUGCAUCAAGCUGCUACAGGCAGCAUCAAGCUGCUACAGGCUGCUACAGCCCUGACUAUGAACAACUACUUGCCUCCACCCAAUGCCAAAAGUCACACUGAGGUAGGAAAUGAAAUUAGUUGCACUUAUUUGUGGAAAACUAUGUUAUUGGUCCACAUUUAUAUUUGGGUAUCAAAUAGGUAUCGUAGCGGCAGGUCCAUACUCAGUGGUGUGUUGCGUUUCGUACAUUUUGUUGGUUGGUUUAGAUUUAGAGACUGGUAGAUCUCAUCAGGCUGGCAAAUGAAAAAGUAGAUCUCACGUCAAAGGUUGGGCACACCUGUCCUAGAUUUAGUGGCACAAUAAAUGCAACAAUAAACAUUACACUGUACAUCUGGGAAUUUUUACAUGUCCUUUGCACUUGACUUCCUGGUUCACUCCGGUAAGGUCUCUAUGAAGUCACUGAUGUUUCUUGGCACAGUCCCCAAUCCUCAGACCUCUUGUGAAACGUCUCCCUUGGAGAAGCGGUAUUUUGGCCUCGAUGAGACUUCCUGGGUAAAAGGUUAGAUUAAAAUAUGGUUUGUUCAUAUUGCAGAUAACCGUGGGUGUUUAUGAUCCUUGCACUCUGCCCCAGCAUCCAGGAUGGCCUCUGAGGAAUCUGCUAUUUCUCCUAGCCUGCAAAUGGUAAAUGUCCCAAACAUAACAUCAUCAAUCACAUCCCACACUACCGGGAGGGGAUGAGUACACCUCCCUCCGCUGUAUGUUUCAGUAGUUAUAACUGACUAACAGGUUAUCAUAGAACACAUCCCUCCCCUGUAUAUUCCAGUAGUGAUAACUGACUAACAGGUUAUUAUAGAACACAUCCCUCCGCUGUAUAUUCCAGUAGUUAUAACUGACUAACAGGUUAUUAUAGAACACAUCCCUCCCCUGUAUAUUCCAGUAGUGAUAACUGACUAACAGGUUAUCAUAGAACACAUCCCUCCGCUGUAUAUUCCAGUAGUUAUAACUGACUAACAGGUUAUCAUAGAACACAUCCCUCCGCUGUAUAUUCCAGUAGUGAUAACUGACUAACAGGUUAUUAUAGUCAGUUAUAUGUUGCAAGAUAAAGGCUUGAUGGAGGAAUCUGCUGUGUCUCAUAGCCAGCAAAUGGUAAAUCCCCACGCUACCUUGCAUGAAGUGAAACUGGCAAGCACAGUGUGCGGGGUCAUCUCCUCUUUUUAAAUCCCUAUAAAAUAUAACGUCAAUCAGAUCAACUCCCACACUAUCUCUACCGGGAAAGGAUCAGUACCAAUCCCCCCCCCCCCCCUCCCCUGUAUAUUCCAGUACAACUCUCUCUUCCUUUCCUGUGCAUGACUAAGCCGUUAGUAAUAAAUAUUAUUGUAAAUUGUUUAAUAUUAGCUAGAUAAAGCUUGGCUGUGAACGGAGUCAUGGGGUAUGUUCCUACAGCGUUGACCUGUACAGCAUGUCAAGCUUACGUAAACAUUAUGAUACGGAGCUAUGUACAUGUUAGCAUUCCUCUGUGCAUGCACACACGUGUGUGUGUGUGUGUGUGUGCCCGUCAAAGUGGUGUGAGCAAUUAUCCUGGAUACGCGUUAACGUAUACAUGUAGUAUUUUAAACAAAUAUGUAUGACAUUCCAUGUACAUAUUUGUGUGUGUGUGUGUGUGUAUACCAGGGGCUCCCAACUGGAUGUGGUGGAAGUGGUGUGUUUCAGAGACAGGACUCUUCAGGGUAGUAGGAACGUUCAGCACAGCAUCGUGUUCCAGGUCAAACUACCGGUACCCGAGCAGUCUGUCAAUGCAGGUAAACACACACAUCCCACGGUUACCCUCCUGCGGAACCACAGGGCUGAGCAAACACACAAAGCCUGGCCUUUUAUCUGGAGGAUGUAUGCACGCACGACUGUAAGUCGCUUUGGAUAAAAGCGUCUGCUAAAUGGCUUAUUAUUAUUAUAAUAAUAAUAACAUGAUUUUUAACAACUACCUCAUCUCUGUACCCCACACAUACAAAUAUCUGUAAGGUCCCUCAGUCGAGCAGUGAAUUUCAAGCACAGAUUCAACCACAAAGACCAGGGAGGUUUUCCAAUGUCUCGCAAAGAAGGGCACCUAUUGGUUGGGUAAAAUUUUUAAAAAAUAAGCAGACACUGUAUAUCCCUUUGAGCAUGGUGAAGUUAUUAAAUACACUUUGGAUGGUGUAUCAAUACACCCAUUCACUACAAAGAUACAGUCAUCCUUCCUAACUCAGUUUCCGGAGAGGAAGGAAACCGCUCGAGGAUUUCAACACGAGGCCAAUGGUGACUUUACAACAGUUACAGAGUUUAAUGGCUGUGAUUGGAGAAAACGGAGGCUGGAUCAACAACAUUGUAGUUACUCCACAAUACUAACCUAAAUGACAGAGAGAAAAGAAGGAAACCUCUACAGAAUAAAAAUAUUCCAAAACAUCCUGUUUGCAACAAGGCACUAAAAUAAAACUGCAAAAAAUGUGGCAAAAAAAUUAACUUUAUGUCCUGAAUACAAAGCGUUAUGUUUGUGGCAAAUCCAACACAUUUACUGAGUACCGUUCUUCAUAUUUUCAAGCAUAGUGGUGGCUGCAUCAUGUUAUGGGUAUGCUUGUAAUCGGCAAGGACUAGGGAGUUUAUUAGGAUAAAAAUAAAUGUAAUAGAGCUAAGUCCUAGAGGAAAACCUGGUCCAGUCUGCUUUCCACCAGACACUGGGAGACUAGAGGGAAACCUGGUUCAGUCUGCUUUCCACCAGACACUGGGAGACUAGAGGAAAACCUGGUUCAGUCUGCUUUCCACCAGACACUGGGAGACUAGAGGAAAACCUGGUUCAGUCUGCUUUCCACCAGACACUGGGAGACUAGAGGAAAACCUGGUUCAGUCUGCUUUCCACCAGACACUGGGAGACUAGAGGAAAACCUGGUUCAGUCUGCUUUCCAACAGACACUGGGAGACUAGAGGAAAACCUGGUUCAGUCUGCUUUCCAACAGACACUGGGAGACUAGAGGAAAACCUGGUUCAGUCUGCUUUCCAACAGACACUGGGAGACUAGAGGAAAACCUGGUUCAGUCUGCUUUCCAACAGACACUGGGGAGACUAGAGGAAAACCUGGUUCAGUCUGCUUUCCAACAGACACUGGGAGACUAGAGGAAAACCUGGUUCAGUCUGCUUUCCAACAGGACACUGGGAGACUAGAGGAAAACCUGGUUCAGUCUGCUUUCCAACAGACACUGGGAGACUAGAGGAAAACCUGGUUCAGUCUGCUUUCCAACAGACACUGGGAGACUAGAGGAAAACCUGGUUCAGUCUGCUUUCCAACAGACACUGGGAGACUAGAGGAAAACCUGGUUCAGUCUGCUUUCCAACAGACACUGGGAGACUAGAGGAAAACCUGGUUCAGUCUGCUUUCCAACAGACACUGGGAGACAAAUUCACCUUUCAGCUGGACAAUAACCUUAAACACAUGGCCAAAUAUACAGUGGAGUUGGUUACCAAGAUGACAGUGAAUGUUCCUGAAUUUCUAAAAGAAUAAUGUGCAAAUAAUGUACAAUCCAGCUGUGCAAAGCUCUAAGAGACUUCACAGACAGACUCACAGCUUCCAUAGGUGAUUCAAACAUCUAUUUAAUCCGUUUAGAAUUCAGGCAGUAACACAACAAAAUGUGGAAUAAAUCGAGGGGUAUGAAUACUUUCUCUGAAGACACUGGAGUUGCUUACCAAGACUACAUUGAAUGUUCCUGUGUGGCCAAAUUUAGAGUUUUGACUUAAAUCGUCUUGAAAAUCUAUGGCAAGACUUAAAUGGCUGUCUAGCAAUGAUCGACAACCAACUUGACAGAGUUUUUGAAGAAUUUUUAAAAGAAUAAUGGGCAAAUAUUUUACAAUCCAGAUGUGCAAAGCUCGUUCGAGACUUACCCCAGAAAGGCUUUUUUUAGUUUCCAUUAAUAAAAAUAAAUGUCAAUUUUUCCUUCCACUUUCAGAUGACAAAAUAUUUUGUGUAGAUCGUUGACAAAAAAAAAUAAAGACAAAUCCAUUUUAAUCCCAAUUUGUAACACAACAAAUUGUGAAAAAAAGUAAAGGGGUGUGAAAUACUUUCUGAAGGGACUGUAUGUAGGGAAUAGGGUGGUAUUUGAGCCGCAUCCCCUCCCAGUCUCCGUAGCCCCUCCCAGUCUCCGUAGCCCCUCCCAGUCUCUGUGGAGAGUCCUCUCUCUGACUCUCUGGCUAGUCAUUCCUUUCAUUAUCCUCCUUUCUCCAGUGUCUGCUUUAGGUUAGAAGGGUGUGUGUGUGUGUGUUUGUUUUAACUAUCCUUGUGGGUACCAGAAGUCCUUACACGGAAAAUUCGGACAAGUGGGGACAUUUUGCCCGUCCCCACAAGGAAAUAUUAUGGUUAGGUUAAAGGUUAGAUUUAGGGUUAGGGAAAAUAGGAUUUUGGAUGGGAAUCAAUUCUUUGGUCCCCACAAGGAUAGCAAUACAAACGUGUGUGUCUGUGUGUGACCCUUAUAAUGGAGUGGAUCACAGUCAAAGGAUGACCCAGUUUUCAUUCACUUGUAUUUACAUUUUCUAUUGAAUUUAUUUCAUAGUUUUUUUAAAUUGUAAAUUAGCCUUUACCAUAGAAGGUCAAGUACUGUAUGUUGUUGAUGUUGACCUGUGAGAUCGGAUUCAGUUGAACAGAAAUUAACAGACAUCAAAGUGAUCAAUAGUCUAUCAUUAUCAACAGUCUCCACUAAUCAAUAAUCUGUCAUUAUCAACAGUCUCCACUAAUCAAUAGUCUCAUUAUCAACAGUCUCCACUAAUCAAUAGUCUGUCAUUAUCAGCAGUCUCCUAAUCAAUAGUAUACACUAAUCAAUAGUCUGCCAUUAUCGAUAAUAUGUCAUUAUCAACAGUCUCCACUAAUCAAUACUAUGUCAUUAUCAACUGUCUCCACUAAUCAAUAGUCUGUCAUUAUCAACUGUCUCCACUAAUCAAUAGUCUGUCAUUAUCAACUGUCUCCACUAAUCAAUAGUCUGUCAUUAUCAACUCUCUCCACUAAUCAAUAGUCUGUCAUUAUCAACUGUCUCCACUAAUCAAUAGUCUGUCAUUAUCAACUGUCUCCACUAAUCAAUAGUCUGUCAUUAUCAACUGUCUCCACUAAUCAAUAGUCUGUCAUUAUCAACUGUCUCCACUAAUCAAUAGUCUGUCAUUAUCAACCGUCUCCACUAAUCAUAAGUCUGUCAUUAUCAACAGUCUCCACUAAUCAAUAGUCCUGUCAUUAUCAGCACCUCCUUAAUCAAUAGUCCUGUCAUUAUCAACUGUCUCCACUAAUGCAUAGUCCUGUCAAUUAUCAACCGUCUCCACUAAAUCCAAUAGGCUUCAUUAUCAUCAACUGUCUCCACUAAUCAAUAGUCUGUCCAUUAAUCAACUGUCUCCACUAAAAUCAAUAGUCUGUCAUUAUCAAAACUGUCUCCACUAAUCAAUAGUCUGUCCAUUGUCAAACUGUUCUCCACUAAUCAAUACUAUGUCAUUAUCAACAGUCUGUCAUUAUCAAGUCUCCACUAAUCAAUAGUCUGUCAUUGUCAACGGUCUUUGCUUUCUGUUCCCUCAGUGUGUCCAAAGAGUGUAGGAUGGGAGAAAAACCCUAAAGGGGCCCUGGGGCCCCGGAUGGUCAACCUCAGUGAAUGUAUGGACCCUAAGAGGUACAAUCAAUCAAUCAAAUCAAUCAGGGUACAUCGUGAGACUAACUCUAUAUGCAUCAGAAAAUGUUGUGUUAUCUAGUGUCUAUCUAACAUUCUUUUAAUCUAACACACCAGACUGGCAGAGUCGUCAGUGGAUCUCAACCUGAAGUUGAUGCGCUGGAGGCUGGUGCCUUCUCUGGAUCUGGACAAAGUGACCUCUACCAAGUGUCUGCUGCUUGGGGCUGGUACACUGGGCUGCAACGUAGCCAGGACUCUAAUGGUGAGCACCUGCUAUGUUUUAGAUUACCUAAUGGAAACAUAGACCAGCAAGAAUAUAUCCUGUAUACCUUCUGACCAGACCAGGUCAAAAACUACAUGUCAAUAUACUUCGACAUGCUUGAGGUGACUCUAAUGCUGAGCUCCUGGUAUGUUUUACAUACGUUCAUUGGAACGUGGAGAAUAUAUACAAUUGAAGUCGGAAGUUUACAAACACCUUAGCGAAAUACAUUUCAACUCAGUUUUUCACAAUUCCUGACAUUUAAUCCUAGUAAAAAUUCCCUGUUUUAGGUCGGUUAGGAUCACCGCUUUAUUUUAAGAAUGUGAAAUGUCAGAAUAAUAGUAGAGAUAUUUAUUUAAUCACAUUCCCAGUGGGUCAGAAGUUUACAUACACUCAAUUAGUAUUUGGUAGCAUUGCCUUUAAAAUGUUUAACUUGGGUCAAACGUUUCUGGUAGCCUUCCACAAGCUUCCCACAAUAAGUUGGGUGAAUUUUGGCCCAUUCCUCCUGACAGAGCUGGUGUAACUGAGUCAGGUUUGUAGGCCUCCUUGCUCGCACACGCUUUUUCAGUUCUGCCCACAAAUGUUCUAUAGGAUUGAGGUCAGGGCUUUGUGAUGGCCACUCCAAUACCUUGACUUUGUUGUCCUUAAGCCAUUUUGCCACAACUUUGGAAGUAUGCUUGGGGUCAUUGUCCAUUUGGAAGACCCAUUUGCAACCAAGCUUUAACUUCCUGACUGAUGUCUUGAGAUGUUGCUUCAAUAUAUCCACAUAAUUUUCCUUCCUCAUGAUGCCAUCUAUUUUGUGAAGUGCACCAGUCCCUCCUGCAGCAAAGCACCCCCACAGCAUGAUGCUGCCACCCCCUGUGCUUCACGGUUGGGAUGGUGUUCUUCGGCUUGCAAGCGUCCCCGUUUUUCCUCCAAACAUAACGAUGGUCAUUAUGGCCAAACAGUUCUAUUUUUGUUUCAUCAGACCAGAGGACAUUUCUUGCGCCCAUGUGCAGUUGCAAAGCAUAGUCUGGCUUUUUUAUGGUGGUUUUGGAGCAGUGGCUUCUUCAUUGCUGAGCGUCCUUUCAGGUUAUGUCGAUAUACAGUGAGGGGAAAAAAGUAUUUGAUCCCCUGCUGAUGUUGUAUGUUUGCCCACUGACAAAUACAUGAUCAGUCUAUCAUUUUAAUGGUAGGUUUAUUUGAACAGUGAGAGACAGAAUAACAACAAAAAAAUACUGAAAAACGCAUGUCAAAAAUUUUAUAAAUUGAUUUGUAUUUUAAUGAGGGAAAUAAGUAUUUGACCCCCUCUCAAUCAGAAAGAUUUCUGGCUCCCAGGUGUCUUUUAUACAGAUAACGAGCUGAGAUUAGGAGCACAGUCUUAAAGGGAGUGCUCCUAAUCUCAGCUUGUUACCUGUAUAAAAGAUACCUGUCCACAGUAGCAAUCAAUCAAUCAGAUUCCAAACUCUCCACUAUGGCCAAGACCAAAGAGCUCUCCAAGGAUGUCAGGAACAAGAUUGUAGACCUACACAAGGCUGGAAUGGGCUAGCCAGUCUCCAGACCUGGGGCACCAUGCAAGAUCUCACCUCGUGGAGUUGCAAUGAUCAUGAAAACGGUGAGGAAUUAGCCCAGAACUACACGGGAGGAUCUUGUCAAUGAUCUCAAGGCAGCUGGGACCAUAGUCACCAAGAAAACAAUUGGUAACACACUAUGCCGUGAAGGACUGAAAUCCAGCAGCGCCCGCAAGGUCCCCCUGCUCAAGAAAGCACAUAUACAGGCCCGUCUGAAAUUUGCCAAUGAACAUCUGAAUGAUUCAGAGGAGAACUGGGUGAAAGUGUUGUGGUCAGAUGAGACCAAAAUGGAGCUCUUUGGCAUCAACUCAACUCGCCAUGUUUGGAAGAGGAGGAAUGCUGCCUAUGACCCCAAGAACACCAUCCCCACCGUCAAACAUGGAGGUGGAAACAUUAUGCUUUGGGGGUGUUUUUCUGCUAAGGGGACAGGACAACUUCAUCGCAUCAAAGGGACGAUGGACGGGGCCAUGUACCAUCAAAUCUUGGGUGAGAACCUCCUUCCCUCAGCCAGGGCAUUGAAAAUGGGUCGUGGAUGGGUAUUCCAGCAUGACAAUGACCCAAAACACACGGCCAAGGCAACAAAGGAGUGGCUCAAGAAGAAGCACAUUAAGGUCGUGGAGUGGCCUAGCCAGUCUCCAGACCUUAAUCCCAUAGAAAAUCUGUGGAGGGAGCUGAAGGAUCGAGUUGCCAAACGUCAGCCUCGAAACCUUAAUGACUUGAAGAAGAUCUGCAAAGAGGAGUGGGACAAAAUCCCUCCUGAGAUGUGUGCAAACCUGGUGGCCAACUACAAGAAACGUCUGACCUCUGUGAUUGCCAACAAGGGUUUUGCCACCAAGUACUAAGUCAUGUUUUGCAGAGGGGUAGGAGACAGAACGCGUCUCCUUCCUGAGCGGUAUGACUGCUGCGUGGUCCCAAUGGUGUUUUUAUACUUACGUAUUGUUGUUUGUACAGAUGAACGUGGUACCUUCAGGCGUUUGGAAAUUGCUCCCAAGGAUGAACCAGACUUGUGGAGGUCUACAAUUUUUUUUCUGAGGUCCUGGCUGCAGCAUUGAAGGUCCACAAGAACACAGUGGCCUCCAUCAUUCUUAAAUGGAAGAAGUUUGGAACCACCAAGACUCUUCCUAGAGCUGGCCGCCCAGCCAAACUGAGCAAUCGGUGGAGAAGGGCCUUGGUCAGGGAGGUGACCAAGAAUCUGAUGGUCACUCUGACAGAGCUCUAGAGUUCCUCUGUGGAGAUGGGAGAACCUUCCAGAAGGACAACCAUCUCUGCAGCACUCAACCAAUCAGGCCUUUUAUGGUAGAGUGGCCAGACGGAAGCCACUCCUCAGUAAAAGGCACAUGACAGCCCGCUUGGAGUUUGCUAAAAGGCACCUAAACAAGAUUCUCUGGUCUGAUGAAACCAAGAUAGAACUCUUUGGCCUGAAUGCCAAGCGUCACAUCUGGAGGAAACCUGGCACCAUCCCUACGGUGAAGCAUGGUGGUGGCAGCAUCAUGCUGUGGGGAUGUUUUUCAGCGGCAGGGACUAAGAGACUAGUCAGGAUCUAAGCAAAAAUGAACAGAUCGAAGUACAGAGAGAUCCUUGAUGAAAACCUGCUCCAGAGCGCUCAGGACCUCAGACUGGGGCUAAGGUUCACCUUCCAACAGGACAACAACCCUAAGCACACAGCCAAGACAAUGCAGGAGUGGCUUCGGGACAAGUCUCUGAAUGUCCUUGAGUGGCCCAGCCGUAGCCCAGACAUGAACCUGAUCGAACAUCUCUGGAGAGACCUGAAAAUAGCUGUGCAGCAACGCUCCACAUCCAACCUGACGGAGCUUGAGAAGAUCUGCAGAGAAGAAUGGGAGAAGCUCCCCAAAUACAGGUGUGCCAAGCUUGUAGUGUCAUACCCAAGAAGACUCGAUGUUGUAAUCGCUGCCCAAGGUGCUUUAACAAAGUACUGAUUAAAGGGUCUGAAUACUUAUGUAAAUGUAAUAUUUCAGAUUUUGUUGCUUUGUCAUUAUGGGGUUAUUGUGUGUAGAUUUGAUGAGAACAUCAAAAUCAAUUUUAGAAUAAGGCUUCAACGUUAACAAAAUGUGGAAAAAGUCAAGGGGUCUGAAUACUCUACGGUUUAUGGACAGGGCCAACAUUUAACAGUUUGAUUGUGGCCUGUAAAAUGUUGUCCCAAUCCUCUUCAAUGGCUGUGUGAAGUUGCUGGAUAAUUGCCUGUACUGGAACACGCUGUCGUACACCUCGAUCCAGAGCAUCCCAAACAUGCUCAAUGAGUGACGUCUGGUGAGUAUGCAGGCCAUGGAAGAACUGGGAUAUUUUGCGCUUCCAGGAAUUGUGUACAGAUCCUUUUGACAUGGGGCCAUGCAUUAUGAUGCUGAAACAUGAGGUGAUGGCAGCGGAUGAAUGUUACGACAAUGGGCCUCAGGAUUUCGUCAUGGUAUCUCUGUGUAUUCAUAUUGCCAUCGAUUUAAAAUGCAAUUGUGUUCAUUGUCUGUAGCUUGUGCCUGCCCAUACCAUAACCCCACCGCCAGAAUAGGGCACUCUGUUCGCAACAUUGACAUCAGCAAACCGCUCGCCCCUACGAUGCCAUACACGAUGUCUGCCAUGAUGCCAUCUGCCCGGUACAGUUGAACCGGGAUUAAUUUGUGAAGAGCACACUUCUCCAGCGUGCCAGUGGCCAUCGAAGGUGAGCAUUUUCCCACUGAAGUUGGUUACGACGCCGAACUGCAGUCAGGUCAAGACCCUGGUGAGGACGACGAGCACGCAGAUGAGCUUCCCUGAGACGGUUUCUGACAGUUUGUGCAAACCCACAGUUUCAUCAGCUGACCGGGUGUUCUCAGACGAUCCCGCAGGUGAAGAAGUCGGACGUGGAGGUCCUGGGCUGGUGAGGUUACAGUACAUGUGGUUAUCGGUUGUGAGAAGCGGUUGGGCGAUAUGGCGUAAAGUUUGGAACUCGGUAGUGAUUGUUGCAACCGAGGACAGACGAUUUUUACGCGCUUCAGCAUUCGGCGGUCACGUUCUGUGAGCUUGUGUGGCCUACCACUUCGUGGCUGAGCCAUUGUUGCUCCUAGAUGUUUCCACUUCACAAUAACAGCACUAACAGUUGACCCGGGGCAGCUCUAGCAGGUCAGAAAUGUGACAAUCUGACUUGUUGGAAAGGUGGCAUCCUAAGACGGUGCCACGUUGAAAGUCACUGAGCUCUUCAGUAAGGCCAUUCUACUGCCAGUGUUUGUCUAUGAAGAUUGCAUGGCUGUGUGCUCGAUUUUAUAUACCUGUCAGCAACGGGUGUGGCUGAAAUGGACGAAUCCACUCAUUUGAAGGGCUGUCCACAUACUUUUGUAUAUAUAGUGUAUGUUAGCUUUGGUGGGCAGUGUUUGGGAACCAACUAGGCUCUAUUGUACUGCUCUAAAUCAACACAACUCAAGUAUUUCACCCAUGUCUGCUUUGUCAUAGUGCUUUAAGUUCAGUGUUGUACCCAGAGGGCUAUCCUACGAAGCAAGCUGGAUCUACUCAGGGUUUUCUAAAGCUAACCAGCUUCAGUUAGCUUCACAUUCCAGCUCGGGCUUCAUCUGUACUACGACGGUGGAUAUUACUCACCCGCCUCGUUACUAUGUUGGUGUGGUGGUCAGGGCUGGUUAACCUCGUUACUAUGUUGGUGUGGUGGUCAGGGCUGGUUAACCUCGUUACUAUGUUGUUGUGCUGAGCAGGGCUGGUUAACCUUGUUACUAUGUUGUUGUGGUGGUCAGGGCUGGUUAACCUCGUUACUAUGUUGUUGUGGUGGUCAGGGCUGGUUAACCUCGUUACUAUGUUGUUGUGGUGGUCAGGGCUGGUUAACCUCGUUACUAUGUUGUUGUGGUGGUCAGGGCUGGUUAACCUCGUUACUAUGUUGUUGUGGUGGUCAGGGCUGGUUAACCUCGUUACUAUGUUGUUGUGGUGGUCAGGGCUGGUUAACCUCGUUACUAUGUUGUUGUGGUGGUCAGGGCUGGUUAACCUCGUUACUAUGUUGUUGUGGUGAGCAGGGCUGGUUAACCUUGUUACUAUGUUGGUGUGGUGGUCAGGGCUGGUUAACCUUGUUACUAUGUUGUUGUGGUGGUCAGGGCUGGUUAACCUCGUUACUAUGUUGUUAUGGUGAGCAGGGCUGGUUAACCUCGUUACUAUGUUGUUGUGGUGGUCAGGGCUGGUUAACCUCGUUACUAUGUUGGUGUGGUGGUCAGGGCUGGUUAACCUCGUUACUAUGUUGUUAUGGUGGUCAGGGCUGGUUAACCUUGUUACUAUGUUGGUGUGGUGGUCAGGGCUGGUUAACCUCGUUACUAUGUUGGUGUGGUGGUCAGGGCUGGUUAACCUCGUUACUAUGUUGUGGUGGUCAGGGCUGGUUAACCUCGUUACUAUGUUGUUGUGGUGGUCAGGGCUGGUUAACCUCGUUACUAUGUUGGUGUGGUGGUCAGGGCUGGUUAACCUCGUUACUAUGUUGUUGUGCUGAGCAGGGCUGGUUAACCUCGUUACUAUGUUGUUGUGCUGAGCAGGGCUGGGGAGUGAGAUGUAAUCUUGUUGAUGUGUUGUGCUCUGCAGGGCUGGGGAGUGAGACACAUCACGUUCGUGGACAACGCUAAGAUCUCUUACUCCAACCCAGUGAGACAGCCACUGUAUGAGUUUGAGGACUGUCUGGGAGGAGGCAAGUCCAAGGCCCUCGCUGCCGUCGACAGACUGGGCAAGAUCUUCCCUGGAGUGGUGAGUCCCUGA